AUGCCAGAGAAGUUCCUUUUUACCUCCGAAUCCGUCGGCGAAGGCCACCCAGACAAGAUCUGUGACCAGGUCAGUGACGCCAUUUUGGACGCCUGUCUUGCCGUGGACCCUCUUUCCAAGGUUGCCUGUGAAACCGCUGCUAAGACCGGUUUGAUCAUGGUUUUCGGUGAGAUCACCACCAAGGCCCAGUUGGACUACCAGAAGAUCAUCAGAGAAACCAUCAAGCACAUUGGUUACGACAACUCCGAAAAGGGUUUCGACUACAAGACCUGUAACGUCCUUGUUGCUAUCGAGCAACAGUCUCCCGACAUUGCCCAGGGUUUGCACUACGAAAAAGCCCUUGAGGAGUUGGGUGCCGGUGACCAGGGUAUCAUGUUCGGUUACGCCACCGACGAGACCCCAGAGAAGUUGCCUUUGACCGUUCUUUUGUCGCACAAGUUGAACAAGGCUCUUGCUGACGCCAGAAGAUCCGGUGAGCUCGCCUGGUUGAGACCUGACACCAAGACCCAGGUCACCGUUGAGUACGAGAAGGACGGUGGUGCUGUCAAGCCCGUCAGAGUCGACACGGUGGUUAUUUCCACCCAGCACGCUAACGAGAUCACCACUGAGGACUUGAGAACCAAGAUCUUGGAGAAGAUCGUCAAGAGAACCAUCCCAGCCAACUUGUUGGACGACAAGACCGUCUACCACAUCCAGCCAUCCGGCAGAUUCGUCAUUGGUGGUCCUCAGGGUGACGCCGGUUUGACCGGUCGUAAGAUCAUUGUCGACACCUACGGUGGUUGGGGUGCUCACGGUGGUGGUGCUUUCUCCGGUAAGGAUUUCUCCAAGGUUGACCGUUCUGCUGCUUACGCUGCCCGUUGGGUCGCCAAGUCUCUUGUCAACGCUGGUUUGGCCAGAAGAGCUCUUGUCCAGUUCUCCUACGCCAUUGGUGUUGCUGAGCCAUUGUCCAUCCACGUGGACACCUACGGUACUUCCAAGUACACCUCUGAGCAGUUGGUGGAGAUCAUUGGCAAGAACUUUGACUUGAGACCAGGUGUGAUUGUCAGAGAGCUCGACUUGGCUAGACCUAUCUACUUCAACACUGCUUCCUACGGUCACUUCACCGACCAGGCCAACCCAUGGGAGCAGCCAAAGGAGUUGAAGUACUAA